AAAGACCAACACCAGAGACACUGCUAGACUUAAAAGUUAGAGGAAUGACGCAACAGUGCAGAAACAAUUAGAUUCCCAUAUUUGUAUGCCGACUUCUCCAAUGAAAAAGCCUUGGAUUUUUUCUUCUCUACUCUUUUCUUCUUUAUUAUAACUCUCUCUCAUUAGUGCCCUCUUCCCCACUAAUCAGUAAUUACUCCUCUCAUCAAAACCCCCCCCAUUCCUUUCAUGAUCAUAUCCCUUCUUUGAUCCCAUAGUUACAAUCUUGCUUGAAUAUAUAGCCCUCUUUUUCUCUUUCAAAAACACACUACUACUGCUACUGCUGCAGCAGCUACUACAACAACUACUACUUCUACUACUGCUGCUGCUGCAAUAUCUUCCAUUAAUAUAUAUAUAUAUAUAUUAUAUAUAUACAUAUUACAUGCUAAAUAUGACAACUGUCUCUCUUCCUAAACCUCCUCCAUUCAAUAAUAGUAGGACAAGUGAAGAUAAAGAAAAGAAAAACCCUUUGGUUUUUGACUCCUCGGUUCUUCAGUACCAACCAACCAUACCCCAAGAAUUCAUUUGGCCAGACCAUGAGAAGCCAGGCUCCACAGGGUCACCCGAGCUAGUGAUCCCUCCCAUUGAUUUGAAGGGCGUUUUCGAUGGAGAUGAUCUGGCAAUGUCUAAUGCAUCAAAGCUGGUCAAUGAGGCUUGCAGAAAACAUGGAUUUUUCCUUGUUGUCAACCAUGGGAUCGAUUCUGAGCUCAUCAAAAAGGCACACCACUACAUGGACCUUUUCUUUGGAAUGCAGCUCCCCGAGAAACAGAGAGCUCAGAGAAAGGUUGGCGAGCUCUGUGGAUAUGCUAGCAGCUUCACUGGCAGAUUCUCCUCCAAACUUCCAUGGAAGGAAACACUCUCUUUUCGUUUCUGUCACGACCAACAGUUUCCGACCAUUGUUGAGGACUACUUCGUUGGUGUAAUGGGUGAACAUUUCAGAGAAUUUGGGAAAGUGUACCAAGAAUACUGUGAAGCCAUGAGCAGGAUCUCACUUGGGGUGAUGGAGCUUCUGGGGAUGAGCCUAGGAGUUGGGAGAGAGUAUUUCAGAGAAUACUUCGAAGGAAAUGAUUCCAUAAUGAGAUUGAAUUACUACCCAGUUUGCCAAAAACCAGAUCUAACACUGGGGACUGGGCCUCACUGUGAUCCCACUUCUCUAACAAUUCUUCAUCAGGAUCAAGUGGGUGGUCUUCAGGUGUUUGUAGACGAUGAAUGGCAUGCCAUUACUCCUAACCCAGAUGCUUUUGUUGUUAAUAUCGGUGACACUUUCAUGGCUCUAUCAAAUGGGAUUUACAAGAGUUGCUUGCACAGAGCAGUGGUAAACAACAAAACAGUGAGAAGAUCCCUGGCUUUCUUCCUAUCCCCAAAGAUGGACAAAUUGGUAAUUCCACCAAAUUGUUUGGCGGGUCCCAACAAUCCUAGGUUGUAUCCUGAUUUCACCUGGUCUUCUCUUCUAGAAUUCACUCAGAAGCAUUAUAGGGCAGACAUGAAAACCCUCAAUGCCUUUACCCAGUGGAUCAUCUCUCACCAAAUCGACUGAUCAAAACACAUAUAUAAUACUACACUCUUCCUUUUUUUUUUUAAAUUUUCAUCACCAAAAAAAGAAAAAAAAAAUGAAGGUGAUUUGAUUUUACUUUGUAUGAGCUCUGUUCGUUGCAUUUCCUAGGCUGAUCUAAAAAGUGGGAUUGAAGUUGUUGUGAUCAGUACUUGUCACAAUUGAUGGAGAGAAUUAUGUAAAUGAAAUGAAAAUAUAUAUAUAAUUAAUUAGUAGAUAUUUGGAGUGUGGUGUUAUAGAGAAGGGUUGCUUACAUAGGCUCUAAAAAUUUGCUU